AUGCCAGCCCAGCAGCGCCCCUUCUCGCCGCAGCAGCCCUACCAGCCGUCGCCCGGCGCCAUGUCCCCCACGAGCCUCCCGCCUGCCGCAAAGCGCCAGCGUCUGUCGCCGCAGCCGCAGCCCAUGUCGCCCUACAGCUCCCAGUACAACUCGCCCUUCUCCAACUCCAACCCCCAGUACUCGGCCCACACCUCGCCCUACGCUGCCUCGCCGCCCGGGACCCAGUACCUCUCGUUGCCCCAGUCGCCCGCCGCGUCGCAGCCCGCGACCCCCUCGUUCCAUCAGCCGCAACCAUACCAGCCGCCGCACAUGGCAGGCGACUCGCGGCCGCCGUUCUCUGGGGCCAUGUUGCCCCCAAAGGUGCCCGCGAGCAAGGCGCAGAAGGAGGACGAGCUGGAGAAGAGCACUGCCAAGGACUCGAACCCCAACACGCUUGCCGACGUCAUAACAGGCUCUGGCAUUGAUUUGCAGCGAGAGGAGGAGGAGCUGUUGCGCGGCAACUACCAGUCGCAAAGCUCUGCGUCGACCAUGUCCCCGCACGGUAGCUUCAACUGGUCCCAGCAGUCCAACCACGGCGCCUUCCAGGGAGCCGGACCGUUGAGCCAACCCAAGACGAAGGAGGAACAGGAGGACGAGUUGCGCCGAAAGCAUGCAAACGUUGCGCGUAUACACAACGAAGCAGCCUCACACCCGCUGACUGACCCUUUUCUUCUCGCCGCCGGUGUGCGCCAACGCAUGUCCAAAAAAGUUUACGAACACGGCAUCAAAUUGGAUUUGGAAGGUUUGUUUGAUAAAAUCCCCAGUGCUGUUCAAAAUGUUACUCGUAAAGAGCUGGGACCUUCCUCUAAUGGCGAGUCAAUUGUAGAACUUCAGGCUACCAGCCUGCUUAACAAUGGAGCGCCACUGGUGGACCUCGUUUCCCUAGUAUCACUCGCUGCAGAGGAGCGCGUACGCACAGUCAUUGAAGACGCAUUCGCACUGGCACAAGGCCGCCGAAACACCUCUCAAGGAGUUGUCCCUCCCAGCCUCGCUGACGUCGCUGCCGCCAGCGGAGAUACUCAGCGCACGGAAGCCGUCGUACCGAACAUCUCAAAGACUGCGUGGGAAGCAACAGAGAACGCUUCCAGUCCGUCGGCACGGCUGCCCACGCCUCCCGGCGAUGUGUCUCCGGCACCGCAAGCAACCAUACAAUUCACUGCCAAUCCUAUCGUCGACUCCCUCAAGCGUAGAAUGCAAGACGACGAGAAGUUCGAAAAAGCUCGGAUCGCCAAGCGCCAGAAACGACUACAAGGCAACUCAGCUUCGCAAGAUACGCUUAUCGCCACGCCAACAUCGUUCCCAGACAAGCCAAUCACUAAGAAGGAACGUGAUCGAAUCAACAAAGCGGGCAAUACCGAGGAAGCCGUUCACAAACGAGCCAACGAGACCGCUGCUAUGGCCCUUGGGAUGAAGAAGGGCAAGAAGAAGUACUCGUGGAUGGACCUUGGCAGCGGGGGCGGUUCUGGCGCAUCGACGCCCAGAGGUAAUCCAGUUACGGUUGGGAGCGCGAGCGGCACAUCUACGCCCGCAGCAGCGCAGACGGAUCGUGGCUUGUUGGCCACCAAGCGAAAGUUCCAGGGUGGCAACCUGGAGAAGGGUGACGAAGGGGAGAAGAUCCAGCUUCGUGACAUCGUGCAUGUUCUCGAGCUGGACGGCAAAGAACGGAAGGCGCUUGUGCAGAUCAUAGCACGCAUGCGCAGCUCCGACACGGAUGCGAAGAAGAUGGAAGAUCGGCCUCGAGCCACUCCCGUUCCUACGGCGCGGUGA